UUGUGACAUAACCCGUCGCGGUUUGUUUACUUCUUUCACUAGCUGCGGAAACAAAUACUAUGUGGGGAGCGGUAUUAUCCCGGCUACGGUCUGCUUGCGCCGUGUCCCUCACACGUUGUUCCUCAGAGGUGACGGGCAAUCUCCGACCUACAACGAGCGGAGUUUCAUAUUUCCACUCGUUGUCGCAUCCGGCCAAAGCUUCCCCGCUCGCCAAUCAAUGCUCCCUGCAAGCCUUGUCCAGUUCACAUUUGCUUCAGGCACGGCUGGUGCCCCUACUGAACUUAGUCAGUGGUUUUAAAGUAAAGGGUCGACUGAAGCGGCGCUGCAAGGAUUGCUACUUCGUGAUGCGCCAAGAGCGGCUGUACGUUAUUUGUAAAACGCAUCCGCGACACAAGCAGAUGUCGAUGAAAAAGCACGAUCGCAACACGUGGAUACUGACCGAUGCUACUCAGGGCAAAGUUAGAGCUUGGUAAGCUUGUGAAUUUAGGCAAUAAAAACUACUAGUACAGAAUGUAUUGAAUGACAAACAAAAUAAACGAUCACCGAAAUGCCGCAA